GUACCACUGUAUUUAAUGCAAGAAACCCCACUGUUGCGUUCUACUGUCAAUGAAGCGCACUUCUGAGUAUGGAGAUUACGAGGAGACCGUGAAUGCGGCACUAUCCUAGUCGUUGUAUUCCGCGCUGUUUGUCUCCGGUCGUCACGUUUUCACAGCGGAUACAAAUAAGCGCCCAUAGCACAAUGCAGCGUUUGGUUCACAUGCGGGACUUCUUCUCCUCCUCCGGGCUCUGACGCACUAAACGUGGCGGGAGAGCAGCUCUCGAUCUACCCCUGCUCCACUGGGAGGAGCACCACAUGCUAACUGUGCUAACUAGGUAGCAUACACUGGUAGCGUCGGAGCAGCGGUUCCGUCCACUUGAAGACAUCACACGGUCCAUGGUACCACGGAGACCCGCACAAUGACCUCCGCUUCCACCAAAGUUGGUGAGAUCUUCUCUGCAGCUGGCGCUGCCUUCACCAAACUAGGAGAGCUCACCAUGCAGCUCCACCCGGUGGCGGACUCCAGCCCCGCAGGUGCCCAUCCUCCCUCCAGCGGUCAGACGAAGGGCACCGUGAAGAGGAAGCUGUAUGAAGAUGGAGCUCUGACCGCCGCCUCGGACGGACCCAAAAAGGUCGUCAAGAAAACCCUCGUAACCGUUAAAAGUCCUCCAACCGCCAUCUCUGUGCACAAAGCUCAGGCUGUCAUGGCGUCAGGACUCCAGGGUUCCCCCUCCAGGCUGCCAGCGCUGAAGAAGCAGAAGACAGCCGAUGUGACCCUCAGUGCUCUGAAUGACUCCGAUGUCAAUAGUGAUCUUGUGGACAUUGAGGGACUGGGUCAAGGAUCCAACUCCAAAAAACUCAACAACUUUGAUCAAGAUAACUUGAACCUGGACUCGAGCCUCAUCAUGAACCCCGGUGACCUGCCUCUGCUCUCCCGUUGACCUCCCGUGGACUUAAAAUGCCAGACAAAACUAUGACAAUAGGGGCAAUAGUUGUGAUGAAGUGGACUCUUUGAGCCAGAAGCUGCUGACCACCAGCAUCAGAGUACAUACAGCAGUAUUGAAUAUUGUGUUGUGUCAUGACUCGUAUCCAAUCCAGCACUGAGGGAGUUGUCGGCAUCAGAAUCAUGUUUGGAUUAUGUAAACAUCUUUUUCAUUUUGAAUUGAGACCAGUCUCUCUCUCUCUCUCUCUCUCUCUCCUUCAUUGACUUUUGCUCCGGGGAGGAAGUUGUUCUAACGUGCGAACUUCCUGUGUUUCUUCAAAGAGAAACCAGGAAAACAAACAGCGCAGCAUCGACCAGAUGUUUGUCUUUCUUAAAUUAUAUUUCAUGUUUAAUUCAGCCGUGCAGCAUUCUGCUCAUGUUUGUGUCGGCAGGUGUUAACACCCUUCAAACAUACUGCAGGAGUUAUUAGAGUAUUUAGAAUAACAAAGAGUGGUUGCUGCUGGUAUAUUUUAAAUGUACAGGACUUGCUCCUGUUUCUCUAAACAUCUAAAGUCGACCAUAAAAAAGAACCCACAACAAUUAAAACUACAUUAAUAAUAAGUAGUUGCAAGUCAUUUUUAAUUAAGAGCUGGUAUCAACAACAUAUCUCCUUGUGUUGAGAAGAAGAGUGAAUGCACUUCAAAUAAUAGCACAUUGCAGGAGGCGGGGCUCGGGGGCGUCGCCGGCAGUGGCUCAUUGGCUGUAUCCUGUAUCCUGUAGCCCGCUAACGCCACAUGGACACUACAACCAGACGAGCCGAUAGCCAACGGGAACCUGUCUAUCAUGGCAACGCUAACUGACAAGACAGACCCCCCCCCCCCCCCCCCAGUGUAAAUGUUAUUUACACUGCAUUGUUCAUGUUGUGUUGAAGUCGUCUCCCCCUUGUCAAGUAGUGUUCCCCAGCUAGUAAAAUGAUAGCGCCCCUCAGUGGCUCAGAAUAAGUGUUGGGUCAGCUUUAGGAAGAGCAAACGUAUCGUAGGGGCUGAGUCAUCAUAUACUGAGUUUAGUGAAACUGUUAAGAAGAUGAAGUAAAAGUCUCUUUUCAAAAUGCUUAUCAGUAGUUGCAUCAUUUUAAAAAUGACUUAUCUAAACAUCUGUUUGGGGCCCAUUGAGUUGGGGGACACAGGCAGCUCUCCCCCCCCCCCCCCCCCCCCCCCAUGAACCACAGUGUAUUUCAAUGUUUCUGACUCACUGGUUGGUUUCUAGCUGAAGUGACACCAUUAAUAGUCCAAUUAUUAAUACAGUAAAAGUCCUGCAUUCAAAUUGAUUUCAAUGAGCAUUUAUUAUUUCAAGUGAAAGAGGGACGUUGUCGGCACAAUGUUCUCUAGAUUUACUUUUAAUUAUAAUAUGAAGCUGGAUAAUAAUUCAUCACAUUUUGGGAGUAAAAUGUGAAACGUUAUCAUAACCAGUAACAUUUCUCUUUUGAGUUAAGUCAUUUAAGGUGAGUAAACAUGUGGCCCCUUUAAGUGAAAGGCGGAGCAGGGAGGAAGCCUCUGGGCAGCGUGACAAAGCUCCUAAAAACACGCCCAACAUUACGGGUUCAUAACUUAAGGAAUAAACGUGUAACGCCCACCCGCUCUAACGUUUAAUACAUUUUAGAAAUAUAAUAUAUCAAUCCUAAAUAUUAAAGUAUAAAUGCAAUAAGUGAUUUAUUUGUCUAAAGUAUCGCGCGGGUGAAUUUAUAAAAAUUAACUAUAAUAUGGUUUUGAGGUUCGUUCCAAUCCGUUGCUCUUGAGGUCCAACGACACGUAAAAUAAAAACAGUCCUCAAACCAACAGCUGGUGAUGCGCUGAGUUUGACUUUGUAAUAUCCGACUUCUGUAUUUUGUUACUUUACAGAUUUACACACAUGAUGUAUUCAGUGAGCAUGUCGGCCAUGAACAGUAUUAUUUUUAAAUAAUUUAAAUUAAGAGCAGAUGCAUAAACUUCUGGUCACAUGUCUAACUAUUGUUAAACUGUCAUAAAAAGUGAUGACAUGUUAAAGCUAGUUUUAAUGUGAGGAGGCGGUUUGUGGAUUCAUUUCCAUAUUCAGCUGAAGGUUCUCGUCGUGUCUGCGCUGCAGCAACAUGUUUAAAGCCUCGCGUGGCUCUGAUGUCAUUCUAAUACAUCAUGUAGAUAGUUCAAUGUGUUUAAAUGAAAAUAUACAAUGUUCACAUUGUGUCUAGAGGUUGAUCGUCUGGCUGUGAUGCACAAGAAGUCUCAAACAAUUAGAUUUGAACCCUUUAUUAAUAGUCAGUGUCACGAUCUCUAUACAGUCAGCAUCUGAAGAACGAUAAUUAAUAAAUGUCGGUACAGUCGAGGCUCAAAUCCAUGAGAGUAUCUUGUGAUGAAGAGGAGCGUCUGAGGGGAGCAGCACAUAUCAUACUGGUAAUGCACAUUGAUACCAGUAAUGAUGUGCUGCUACAGCCCGACGCCCAAAUAUUCAUGUCGGAUUAAUAACUUUAAGAUCAUCGUGUAGUUUUAUGAUUCAUAACACGUCCAGGUUGAUCUAUUCCCACAAACUGCUUCGUCUAAAGUCACAUGAUCAGAUAAACAACAAACCCAGAUAGUAUACACACAAAGAACAUUUCACUUUUAUUGCCAGUAUUUAUUCUGGAUAAUUCAUCAUCAUCAUCAUCUAUUUGAACUAACUGAAGUAAACAUUUAGACGUUGACAUGUUGACCUGCUGAAAAAACACACACCACAAAUCAAACUAUUUUCUACAGGUUAGGACAUGUGACAUCCUAUAAAGCUUUGUUACUUCUGCACACAAAUUAAAGUAGUUAACGGAAUAUGAAAUAUAUAUUUUAACCACAGUGGAACAGAAAAAACUCCACCGAUGACAAGCAGGGGAAAAUUAAUGGGAAAAUUAAAAUCUACAAAACCUGCCUUCUCAUGGAUAUAUUAUAUGUAUUUUUAAAUUUUAUUAAAGAAUACAAUUCUCCAUUUUUA